GAGAGAGAGAGCUAAUUAAUUAAUUAGUAAGAAUAAAAGUAUUAUUAGGUCUUCAAACGACGCCGCCUCUCCGCAGAAAUCUAAAUACCGAGCACCCUCAUUAUCAGCGGCGAUCACUUCCGACUGUUCCUAUUCACCGCUCCUCGUUCUGUCCGCCGCCGCUGCUAUCGGCGUUGCCGGAAAGAUGAAAUUCCAAAUCGAAGAUGUAACUGUAUACUUCCCGUACGAUAACAUAUACCCGGAGCAAUACUCAUACAUGGUUGAACUCAAACGCGCUCUCGAUGCCAAAGGGCACUGCCUCCUCGAAAUGCCUACGGGAACCGGUAAAACCAUCGCUCUUCUCUCCCUGAUCACGAGCUACGUUUUGUCGAAGCCCUCCAAUCCAGUAAAACUUCUCUACUGCACCCGCACCGUUCACGAAAUGGAGAAAACCCUAGCAGAAUUGAAGCUGUUGCACAAUUAUCAGGUUAAGCAUUUGGGGCCGUCGGCGAGGAUUCUCGCCCUGGGGCUCUCGUCGAGGAAGAAUUUGUGCGUGAAUCCGAGUGUCCUGUCGGCCGAGAAUCGGGAUUCGGUCGAUGCUGGUUGUAGGAAGCUUACCGCGAGUUGGGUAAGGACAAUGGCAAUUGAGAAUCCGAAUAUUCCGACGUGUGAGUUUUUCGAGAAUUACGAGAAGGCAGCCUCUGAUGCGGUUUUGCCGCCGGGAGUUUAUACAUUGCAGGAUUUGAGGGCAUUUGGGAAAGCAAAAGGGUGGUGCCCUUACUUUUUAGCACGACAUAUGGUGCAGUUUGCCAAUGUGGUGGUGUACAGCUACCAGUACCUACUUGAUCCAAAAGUUGCCGGAAUCAUAUCAAAGGAGAUGCAGAGGGAGUGUGUUGUGGUCUUCGAUGAGGCCCAUAAUAUUGACAAUGUCUGCAUUGAAGCACUCAGUGUUAGCGUACGAAUGCAGACACUUGAAGGGGCAACGAGGAAUCUUAAUAGGAUGUCACAGGAGAUUGAGAGGUUAAAGGCCACAGAUGCUGGUCGAUUGCGUGCAGAAUACAACCGGCUUGUUGAGGGGUUGGCUCAAAGGGGGAACCUUCCUAUUAGCGACACCUGGUUCUCAAAUCCUACGUUGCCUGAGGAUAUAUUGAAGGAAGCAGUUCCUGGAAAUAUCAGGCGUGCAGAACAUUUCUUGUCUGUUUUACGCAGAUUGGUCCAGUAUCUUAGAGGACGACUGCAAACCGAAAAUGUUGAGAAGGAAGGGCCUGUUUCGUUUGUUGCUUCUGUUAAUGCCCAAGUUGGGAUCGACCAAAAGAUGCUACGAUUUUGUUAUGACCGGCUUCACUCACUCAUGUUAACUUUGGAGAUAACCGAUACUGAAGACUUCUUACAUAUCCAAGCGGUUUGCGAUAUGGCAACUCUUGUGGGGACCUAUACUCGAGGAUUUUCUAUUAUCAUUGAACCCUUCGAUGAAAGAAUGCCUCAUAUACCCGACCCUGUCCUUCAGCUUUGUUGUCACGAUGCUUCUCUUGUUAUAAAGCCUGUGUUUGAACGGUUCCAAUCUGUUGUUAUUACUUCUGGAACACUGAGCCCUAUUGAUCUCUACCCUCGUCUUCUUAAUUUCAAUCCCGUGGUUAGUCGAAGCUUUACAAUGUCUUUAACGAGGGAUUGUAUAUGCCCGAUGGUUCUCACCCGGGGAAGCGAUCAACUUCCUGUGAGCACGAAGUAUGAACUAAGAAAUGACCCUGGAGUGGAGAAAAAUUACGGCAAACUUUUGCUUGAAAUGGUGUCGGUGGUUCCAGAUGGAGUUGUUUGCUUCUUUGUUAGUUAUUCUUACAUGGAUGCGAUUGUUAAUAGUUGGCACGAGUCUGGAAUUCUUAAGGAGAUAAUGCAACACAAACUUGUGUUCAUAGAAACUAAAGAUGUUGUGGAAACUACAUUGGCAUUGGACAAUUAUCGUAGAGCUUGCGAUUGUGGAAGAGGUGCUGUCUUUUUCUCAGUUGCCAGAGGCAAAGUGGCAGAAGGUAUAGACUUUGAUAGACAUUACGGCAGACUUGUAAUCAUGUUUGGAAUUCCUUUUCAAUACACGCUCAGCAGAAUAUUGCUUGCGAGAUUGGAAUACCUGCGCGAGACUUUCCAAAUAAAAGAGGGCGAUUUUUUGACUUUUGAUGCUUUGAGACAAGCUGCCCAAUGCGUGGGACGAGUAAUCAGAUCUAAGGCAGAUUACGGGAUGAUGAUUUUUGCUGACAAGAGGUAUAGUCGCCAUGAUAAGAGGUCGAAGUUGCCUGGUUGGAUAUUAUCACAUUUAAGGGACGCACAUCUGAAUUUGAGCACAGACAUGGCUCUCCAUAUUGCAAAAGAGUUCUUGAGGAGGAUGGCUCAGCCUUACGAUAAAACUGGUGCAGUUGGUAAAAAAACCCUUCUUUCUCAAGAAGACUUGGAGAAGAUGGUCAAUGGAGCUGGGGAUAUGAUGUUUUGACCGUUUAUUCCGUCCGUCUCUUCAAUUCGUUUUUAAUUUUUCGUAGAAAAAGGUAUAUUUGUCAGGUAAACGCGUUUUUCAUAUAAUUUUUUUUUUAAAUUUGUUUUGUUUAGGGAUCGUAAGUAAAGUUUUGAAUAUUAUAACGAUUUAAUUUGUUGUAUUGCAUCAAAUAGUAUAUUAAAUUAUUAACGGUGAAGAAUA